UCUUUCUCCUCGAGAACGUAGGCCACUAAUUUACUCAAUGUAACACCAAUGAUUAGACCGGUUCCAACACUGGAAAUAACAUUCACGUAACCGAAAGGUGUCCCUUUCGGUUCCGGAAGAAUGGCACCCGACGGUGUCGUUAUCCUCGACUGAAAAUGCAAUCUGCUUUCGGUCUCGAUUCUCUUGUAAGUACCGAUGUUACGAAAUAUAAAGGAUGCGCGUUGCAACAUUAUUCCGUUUGGAAAUUCUCACUGGUAUGAUGAAUGCUAGAAAUAGUUGCUACAUAUACAUGGUGUAAUAAAAUAUACAUGCAUACAAAUACGUAUUUUCUAACUACGUACGCUCGGAAAUAUAUUUAUGAACCGCUCGGCUGCAACCAAGAAUACAGAAGUUCCGGACAAUAUCGGUAAAACGAAAUUAGGUUAAUCUCUCGUUCAUUGCCUGCUGGUAUCUGACUUAAGAAAUUCCAUGGUAUUCAACGGUACAAAUUAUUUUAUAUGAAUAUACUUCAUUUACCUUAUAUCUGGAUUCGAUAAUAUUCGAGAGUAUCCAUUACAACUUCUUUGACGGAGAAUACAUCACAGAAACUGCCGGAAACCCAACUGGCCCACUUCUGUCAGAUUUACGGGAAUAUAGGAAUUGCUGGUUUUAGUUCGUAAUACGCAUGCGGAGGGUCACGAAAUUCGUCUACGUGUUUCUUAAAACCACAAAGUAUAUGAGAACGAGUACGAAAACAACAAAGGACAAUGUUGUACAUAAUUGGAUUGGGACUUGGCGAUGUAAAGGACGUAACUGUCAAGGGACUUGAGAUCAUACGAAAAUGCGAUCGCGUUUAUUUAGAGUCCUAUACAUCAAUUUUGUCCACCGGACUGGAAGAACUAGAAAAAUUUUAUGGAUGUUCGGUAUUAGAGGCAGAUAGAGAAUUGGUCGAGAGUAAUUCUGAUGAGAUACUACCGAGAGAUGAGGAGGAAAAUGUGGCAUUUCUGGUAGUUGGUGACCCAUUUGGAGCUACAACUCACACUGAUCUGGUACUGCGAGCUCAAAUGAAAGGUCUAAAGUUCCAGAUUGUUCACAAUGCAUCCAUAUUAACUGCAAUAGGUUGUUGUGGUCUUCAGUUGUAUCGUUUUGGAGAAACCGUUUCUAUUCCAUACUGGAGUGAUAAUUCACAACCAGAUAGUUUCUAUGACAAGAUUGUCUCCAAUUUGCAAAGGAAUCUACAUACACUUUGCUUGUUAGAUAUCAAAGUGAAAGAACCUACUUUGGAAAGUUUAACAAAGAAGAAGAAGGUAUACAUGCCAACCAAAUUUAUGACCGUAUCUGAAGCUGUUGAUCAGCUAAUGCAGAUAAUUAGGAAAAAAGAAGAAGAGAAAACAGAAGAAGAACCAGUACUCAAAGAAUCCAGUCUGGUGGUAGGUCUGUCCCGUGUAGGCUGGGACGAUCAAAGUCUCGUCGCUUGUUCCCUUGGAGAAAUGUCUUCGGUGAAUCUUGGACCACCGCUUCAUUGUUUAAUCAUUACCGCGCCUGAAUUGCAUGCUCUCGAGGAUGACUUUCUUAAUGGCUACAGACUACAGGGUAAUAAAAAUGGUACGAUGUAUGAAAUAAACACAUGAAUUAAAAAAUGAAUA